ACCGCAACGAUAACAUGCUGCAUACGGGGCCGGGGUUGCACACCUGUUGCACGCGUGCUGUCGACGGUAGUUGAGCAUUCAAGCUCAUCAGCUGUCAUCUUGGGUAUUGAAGUGACUCAAGUAAAGUGCAACAGAUGGCGCGUAGAAUCGAAUCGAAGCUAUGGGUACCGCGGGAGUUCGUCAUCGUCAUUCUGGCGCUUUCUCUCUGCAGAGUUAGUUUUUCACAACAGGAUGAGCAAAUACAAGCUCAGCACCAAACAGAAGAAAUUUAUGAGGAGAUCUACGAUAAGAACAUAACUGUGUCUACUGAUACAGAUGUCUUUUUGGAAUGUAGCAUUGUGAGUCCUACUUACUUGGAUUGGCAGAAGGACAAUAACGCCAUUGAAGUGUCAAAUGCCUACCACGAGGGGCGUGUAUACAUCAUUAAGGGGGAGGGGCUUUUGGUCCUUAAUGCCCAGUAUGGCGACAGGGGUCAUUACAUGUGUCUUGCCAUCAGGCAUCAUCACAUGAUCCAGGUGAUGAUCUUCCUGGAUGUAGUGCCCUCUAGUGACGAGAAUCGUCCGCUUCGUAGCUAUCCUGUUGAAUGCGGUGUUCCACGUAUCCGGGGUAAGAUCAUCGGAGGCAAAGUGACAGAGGAGGGCCAGGCACCCUGGAUGGCGCUGCUGUGGAACACACGGGAGAAUAUGCACUUCUGCGGGGGGGUGCUGCUCAACCAGCGCUGGGUCGUGACGGCCGCCCACUGCUUUGUCCGGUUCAAGUACGACAUCAAGGAUCACAUGGAGGUCCGACUUGGGGAGUAUGACCUCUUCAAGGAGGAAGGAACCGAGAGGAUCCUUCGAGUGGAACAACUCAUCAUAAAUCCAGAGUUUGACAAAGAUACGUACGACUCGGACAUUGCUCUGUUGAAACUAAUACAACCAGUCACAUAUACAGACUUCAUUGUUCCUAUCUGCCUGCCAAGUGAGAUAAGGGCUAUGAACCUGCUCCAAGCUCGAACCAGAGGAUUCAUCACUGGCUGGGGACGCACAGCAGAAAUCACAACCACCACCACCAGAUACCUCCGGAGGGUGCGUUUGUUGGUCAUGGACCAGCGGACUUGUAAUGCACGCCAUCGAGACGUCAUCACCAACCGGAUGUUCUGUGCUGUCUCAGACGACAGACCAGCAGCAAGAGAUUCCUGCUUUGGAGACAGUGGUAGCCCUUUUGCCGUGAGGGAUGACAAACGCUGGUUUCUGAUUGGGCUGGUGAGCUGGGGCAUUGGCUGUGCAAGGCAUCGAUUCCCUGGGGUGUACACUAGGGUUCAUCGGUACACCCACUGGAUUAAUAGUCUGAUUGGUGAUGACACAGACACGUGUGCAGGCCUUCAGGAGAGGGUUUCAGAACUGACCAGCCAGCUGACGCGACAAGAGGAGGAGAUCAGUCAACUCAAUGAACAGCUCCUGAUCAAGGAGAGACAACUCAAUGAGUCUCUGUCGCGUUCAGCACAGACAACUGAGCAACGAGACGUCCCCACCACAUUGGACACCACACAGCCCUCGGUAGACCUGAGACGGAGCACGCCCCCUCUGGAGCUGCGCAUCCCAUGCCGGCAGGGCUCUUGUGCACAUGUUGGUGGGUUUCAGGUGAGGGCGCUCUGUGUGGAGGAUUUCUGCUCCUGCGAGUCGCCAUACUACUCCCGGGAAUCCUGUUUGCCUCGGUAUGGGUCCUGCGUGAUCAAGCACGAUGACCCAUCAGCCCCUGCCACGCCCUCUUACCAGGACGAGACCCAGCAAACCUACAGCUGUCGGGCCAGAGACAACCCCAAAUACCGAGUCUUUGUUCUCGCCGUGCACGAGGGUAACCGCCACACCAGACCCCCGACAGCAGGCGAUAUGGAGGUAGAGCUAGAGGGUAGCCCACCACAAGAUUCUGCCAGGGGGUUUGUGCUGGUGUUGGCUUCCUAUGAACCAGUGAACUGGCAUGUGCUCCUUGUGGGAGAGCUGGUGAUAGAUCAAAUUAUCAUGAUUGCCCAUUUCCCCUCUGCUGUGACAAUCACUGGUCCAGAUGGAGAAGUCCAAACGGACGUGCCCAUACUGACCUCUACGGAUCCUUGCGGCUACGGGAAUGACAGCGGUGGGAGCGGAGACACACCAGGAAUGCUGCGGGUCAUCAAUGAGACGGUGGGCCCCGUGGAGUCCUUCACAGGAACCUAUCGGGCGGAAAAGUGGACCCUGAACAUGGAUGAGGCACGGUGGCUGCCGGAUCCCGAUUAGCAAAGAAAGCCUGAACUUGUUGUUUGCCUGUGCGGGUCGUCACCAUGGAGCUUAUCUGUAAGUGCCCUGUAAUUUUUUUUAUUGCUGAACGUACUGAAGGAUGGAACAUAAAAGUGUGUGCAGCAUGUAUGUGGAGGCUGGCAAUUCAGGCAGUUGUUUGUUUGUCUUCCAGCCCGUGUUUGACAUGGUUGGCUAAAUAUGGUUUCGAGGUUUACAAAAACCCUAGAAAGAAAAUGACUUUAUAUUCUUGCCCUGAAUACUUCUCACCCACACCUGCCCCAGUUGGAGAAGAUUGUAAGCCAUUGCUGUGCAGUUUUAUAUGAAGUUGUUAGUAGGUUGGAUACAGAUUGCCAGAACUUGUGAAAUCUGACACAACUGAAGUUUACUAGGACACACAUGUAGUGACAGUUAGUAAAUUAAAUGUAUCAUAUCUGCAUUGGUGGAUCAUGGCGACGGAGUCACUUGUGAAAGAAUUGAUGGGAUUCUUUAAAAGCCUAUGAAAGGUUAAAUUCUUCCAUAUCUGUCUUUUUGAAGAGAUUGAACACCAAAUUAACUCUUUUCAUUCGCGGAUUAAAAAUUUGAACACCUAGAAUUAUGUUGAUGAAUUAAAUUAAUGGAGUUUCAAGAAACAAAGCUUUAAUGUCUUGAGGAAAAGUAUUUUUGAAACAGGAUUGACAUUUGACAUGGCUCACACUUAGGACUGUUCUUGAACAUUGUCACUUUGCCGUGCCCUUCAAAAAAUCUCAAACUUGGCAGCCAGCUUUUUUUCUAGAAAAGUGUUAUCAAAGUGCUUUAACCAUGUUUUCCAAACAUAACUCUUUGUGGGUUUGAGAACAAAAUGUUUGCAGUGUUUUUGAUGAUCGGUAGAAAAAAAAAGACAAAACAUCCUUCACUGUUAAGACUUCUUCCAAAUAUUUGUAUGUCUCUUAUUAAUCUAAGCAUAAAAAUCAAGUCCUUUCCUUUGAAAUGACCCAAUUUAUAAUGGCAUUGAAAGUAAAUUGAGGUGAAGUUUUUGAGAAGGUAGUUGCUCACAGAUCUAAGACUAGUGAUAACUAAUGGACCAAACUGAAAAACAUCUAACUGAAAUUGUACAGUGUUGAUAAAUUUUAUACCAUUCUUAUAUUUGGCAUAUUUUUAAUAUUUUUAGGGCAAAAAUUUAAAAUGUUUGGAACUUUUGGAUUAUAGUACAUUUUGACAGGCAUCAUGAACAAAUGAAAUGUUUUCUGAAGUAGACAACGAAAUAUAUAUUUUCUAACUGUCUUUGAAGUCAGGGAAGGAAAGACCACUAAGUUGACAUCAAAGCAAAUUUUUGUUUUGUAAAUUAGUUUUUAUUCAAGCAGCAAGAUCACUUUAAAAUGAAAUGUAAACACUCUUGACAACUGGGAACUGUAAGUUCCAAGUGGAAGCUUGGUCAAGGUGACACAUGAUGAGCGGCAGCAGCCGGAAUU